AUUCUCAUCUCAUUAGAACGCAGUACCAAAUCGAAAUCUCAUCCUCUCUCUUCGCUGCGAAACCCUAACCCUAAAAUCAGACCCCGUGUUGUGUAAUUCGCGAUUAAAUCGAUUGUUUUAUAAUCAUGUCUCGGUGCUUUCCGUAUCCACCUCCUGGAUUUAUUGGAAAGAAAGCCAGCGAUGUUCCCACCUUGAUCGAUUCGAUUAAGCUCCAGAAGGAGAGUAAGGCAAAUAAAGAAAAGAGGAGAGAGAAGAGGAGGGAUAAGGGUGAGAAAAAGGAGAAGAAGAGAGACAGAAAAGAAAAGAAACAACCAGUCUGCCCCAAGCAGACUGAAGUUAGACAUGAACUUAACAAAGAUGGUAAAAUUUGGAUUGAUUCGGAAGUGCUCUCGCAGAAGAGGAAACGGGAGGAUACUGAGCAGUUAGAAGGCAGUAGUGUUACUGAAGAACAUGGACAGCCCCUCAAUAUACAAAACCCUAGUUAUUCAUCUGAUGGCACGCAAAAUAGCAACAAGAGGAGAAAGCAGGCCUCAGUUGCUAGUGACAGUCGUGGGCAAGGAAAUAUAAUAAGGAUCAAACUGCCUUUGCAAAAGCCCAAUGAAUCUGAACGCAAGGUCAGCAAAGAGCAGCUGGACUCUAGUUCAGCUCGGAAUGUACAGAACAAAGAAUCUGAUGUCAAAGCCAGCAAAGAAAACCAAUGUUCUACCUCAGGGAGGAAUGAGAUGUACGAUGAAGAGAUUAACCCCAGAUCAGGAUGGACGGAUCUUUUUGUUCAUCCUGGGCAAGAUGCUAAUAGAGCUAGUCAAGGAGAUGCCUCUUUGACACUGUCCAGGAAAAACAAUUUAUUGCAGUCUUGUCCUAGCAACGAGCUUUGUUCUACGUCUGGAAAUGUGAAUGACUUUGCUCAAGGUCACACACAAACAUCUUUCAAUGUUCCAGGCUCAUGCUCCACAUCAGGAGAUAAGAAAAUGCAGAAAAAGAUUUUGAAGUAUGACAACCUAAUUCAAAGUCUAUAUCAAAUGGCUGUACCAACUGAGGUUGUCGAAAAGGAUGAUGAAGAUUGGCUCUUUGGAGGCAAGACUUCGGACACAGUGGUAAAGCAGAGGAAUGUGGAGAAACAACUCCCAGUCAAUAGCAGUGUUACCUGUUCUGGGCCUUCUGGCAGCUCGACCGCCUCCACGCAGUAUCCUCUAUGUCCUCGUGCCCAAUAUUUGGAAGAGGCUAAGAUAUAUGCGCUGCCAUAUACUGUACCUUUUUAAAAAUCUUGAAAGAGGCUGAGUGAGAUGCAAGUCCUUAUGCUGUACCUUUUGAACAUUUAUAAGAAUUGUUGUAAUAGCACCUUAAGACCAUUUUUUUCCUUUGAUUUGCGUUGGUAAAUGGCCUAUUACUUUUCUAA